GCGUGAGGAGACCCACGGAGGGAUGAUUGGCAGCUGAAGGCGAGACUUAACACAACUGUGAAUCGAUAACUUUGGUGCUACUCGAAAAGCCCGUUGGCUUCGAGCUUCUCGGUGCAGACGACGGAGGAGUUGGAGUGAGGCCCUCUCUGUGCUGCAGUGGAGGGCUUCACACGCACAGCUAGUCCGGCUGGAUGCAUCACGCAGUGGAGCAGUUAGGCGGGCGAGGCACGCGGGAUUCCUUCCCUCUGGACGGACUCGGCCGGGGGCCAUGGCCUCCCGUGAGCGGCCGCUCCUGGCAGCCACAUGCCAGGUGUUCACCUACAAUGAACCAACACCAGCUACUUCCUAAUCUACCUCCUGGACCUAUAGGUGGACUGAACCAUCACAGUAAAUACUUGAGUAAUGGGGCGAUGCGAGGAGGUGAAAAGGUUGAGUUCCCACAAGCGAUGUUCCCUGGAAUGCAGAGGGAGCAGCAGAGGCCUCCCCCUCAUCAUCUUCAUCCCCCUCAUCAUCUUCAUCCUCCUCCUCCUCACAGAGCCUGGGAUCAACUCGACAAGCAGUACGAUUCUCACCUUCCCCCUCAAGGCCAUCCUAUUUUACCCCUCCCCACCGAGCACUCGCUGCGUCUCUAUAAUGGUGGUUAUCCAGGCGGCGGGGGGCCUCUCCUGAACCCACAUCUUCAUCCUAACAGACCAGCCCCUCUGCUGAAGGAGCAGCAUGUUCCCCGGGGUCCACCACUGCUGGGAGAUGAAAUGCGGGCUCAGGUGCACCAGCCGAGGGGCUACCCAGGGAAGAUGCCAGCAGGUCACUUAAAAAGACCGGGCCCUCCUCUGGGGGAGCACUCAGUGAUUCAACACACACCUCCACCACCUCUGCACAUACCCACCCAUCCUGCUGUGGAGGACUGUCCCGGCCCCAGCAAGAGGAAAAGGAGCUCGGACCAGGCGUCUCACCCUGGGCCGCAGCGUUUCUCCAGCCAAUCAACAGUGCUGUCUCAGCAUUCGUCAUCAGCUCAUCAGCUCCCCCCAAAACCAGCUCUCUGGAACCCCAUUCACAAGGACAAUGGUGCUCUCUGGCAGCCGCAGACGUCAGAUCGCAAAACCCCACAAUCACAGGAGGUUCAGGACAACAAUAAACGAGGGAUGGACAGCUACACCACAAAGUCCUCUCUGAACUCCUCCAGUCCUUCUAACCGGCCCCCUCUAUUAAACUCCACCGCAGGAAGCUACAACCAAGGAUGUGCUCCUCACCUCCAUAAAGACAUGUUACAACCUCAGGCUCGAAACCAUCACUCCCCUCAUUCCUCCUACCCAAGUCCCGGUUCCAAAGUGGAGCUGGCACCGUCCUGUCAGGCUGUGGAGCCUCAUGCUCUCCACAGCCAGAGGAGCCCUCUCGGCGGGGGCCAAGGUGGCAGCCGUACGCCGACCACUCCGACCAGGGGAGAUCAAGAUCGUCACCUAAAAACCCAGUCAUCACCAGCAAACGCUUCUGCAACCAGCAACAAAAACAGCAGCAGUGUGCCUUACAGCCACUUCCAGCCUCACCCAGGGCUGGGACACCAGGGUGCUCCCCCACCCCUACCCCUUCCACCUGCCAGCAGCACCUCAGUACCUCAGCAACAACAAAGUGGUGCCCAUGAGGCUUGGAGAUACCAGAGCCGCCCAAGCAGCCACUCCCUGGAGCCGGGCAUCUUCGCACCUCCAGGUCUGCUACCUCACCCCCAGCAGAGCCACAAUCACGUUGUAGACGGCCGACUUCCAGGUUCAUCCCAGCAUCACCAUAACGUCAGCCCGCCUCUCCCACCAACCAACUCCGCCCGGACGCCUGUCAUUACGUCCAAUCCCCCGAUAUCCCUGGCCCACUGCACCGUCGGCCCCUACAGAAGCGGCAGUUCUAACGGGGCUGCUGUAACUGCUGUCUCUAUGGGGACUGUGUCUCCCCCUGCUGGCUACUCUGUGAACAGCGGCAGCAGUAAUAACAGUUGGCAACGAGUACAGGAGCCAAAGCUCUACAACUUUACCAGUGCUGAAACCAGCCCCAAGUCUCAGGUGGAUGCUCUGCUGCAGGGAGUCUGUCAGAGAGGCCCGUCUCAACAACAGGAGCUGCACAAACCUCAACCCCAGGAAUUCAUAAAGUCACACAAGGAAAAGAUGUCGUACUAUGCUCAGGCUAAAGUCAAACAAUCUGCGCCUUCGUUCGCCUCAUCAUCUUUGUUCUCCUCAGGGCACCAGAGGGCAGAGAACAGUGUCAUUACUAGCAGAGGUUUAACUCCGCUUCACGGCUCUCCUACAUACAGCCCAGCUAAUGCUCCCCAAACGCCCAAUCCUGCAGUCUCCUCCAGACUGAACCAGCCCAGCUCCACAGUAACACAGGUGUACCCCACUCCACAAGCUCCGCCUACUGUCUGCCAGUCGAUCGGAGAUGUUUUAGACAAGCUCGAUGCAGAGCUAGAGGGACAUAUGCAAGCCGAGGAGAGACGGAGGAAGGAACGAGAGGAAAAGGAGAAAAAGUUAAAAGAGGAGAAACAAAAAAGAGAAUGGGAGAUGAGAAAGAAGCUGGAUGAGGAGAGGAGGAGGAGAGAGCAUGAGAAAAGGGAAGAGGAGAGGAAAAGGAGAGAAAAUGAGGAGAGACUAAAACAAGAACAUGAGAAACAACGGAGGCAAGAAGAGGAGAGGAAGAGGAAAGAAACUGAGAGAAGGGAAGAGGAACAGAGACUGAAACAAGAACAGGAGAAACAGAUGAAACAAGAAGAGGAGAGGAAGAGGAGGGAAAUGGAGAAAGAAAGGAAAAGGAGAGAAUGGCAGAGGCAAGAGGAGGAGAGGAAGAAAAUAGAGUGGGAGAACAAAGAGCGGGAAAGGAGGAGGAUGGAGUGGGAGAGGCAACAGGAGGAGAGAAUAAGGGAAGCUGAAAAACAGGAGAGAAGGAGAAAACUAGAGAGGGAAGAGGAGGAGAAGAAAAAACAAAUUGAAUUGGAGGAAAUGAGGAAAGAGGACAAACUGUGCAGUGCAAAAGGAAAAGAGCAGACGGCCAUUGAAAAUCUAGAAAGGCUUUUCUCCGUCAACAGCCCUCAUAUCUCUACCCUCUCCUCUGUCCCUGCACCUCCUUCAGGUCCACCGGCCUCCCAGGCUUCUCCUCCUUACCCUUGGCUCAGCCGUGGGGGUCAAUCCAACCAGGCGCCCAGUACGUCCGCAGAGAGGCUGCGGCCCCCGCCCCUCACGCCUCAGACUGAGUACGCCAGAGAAAAGCAGCGGCAGAGAGAGAUGUGGAGCAGCAGCGGAGCAGCAUUCAUUCCCUCAUCAACACACAAUACCUCAGGGAUGAACCAGCUCAUGUACCCCAAUAAGCCCCCAACAAUGCAAGCAGCACCUAAUCAACCCAAAGACUCAGGCAGGGACAGAGAUAACCCCCAACAGCCUCUCCCUACCCUGGCACUUAGAGAGCCCCCCAAACUCUACCAAGCUAUGUCUAGAGAAAACCUUCAACCACCACCUUUGUCCUCCACCUCCAUCGGGGGGAUCCACAACAAGCAGGUGAUCGAGAGUUCUACAGAAAACGCCAGGAAUGACUCUGGCAGUGCUCAGUUUGAGGAGGAGUCCUCCGAACUGUCCGCAUUGCUCCCCGACGGGCUGGCUAACAUCAUGGCGAUGUUGGAUGAAUCGAUCAAAAAAGAGGAGGAAAUGUACAGCAGUGAGAAGUCUGGGACCGCAGGUCUCUUACACAACUGUGCUCCCGGUGUUGACCCUGUUAAGAGCUACCUGUGUGCCCCAGACCUGAUUCCAGCAACUAAGCAGCAGCCAAACCAGGAAGAUUUGGGAUCAAAUUCAAGCCCUCCUGUGCUCAGCCGCCAAGGUUCUCUGGCGUCCCCUUGCAGCCGGACUUCUUCUCUUGAGGACGACGAGGACUAUCUUAAAUCUUCAUCAAAAGUUCUUUUGGCCACUAAAUCAACUGCGGAGACGAGAAUUGGAGUAGGGAACACAAAUUACCGCCAUAGUGACCUGGCUAAGCUCUAUGGUCUCCCUGAGCAAACUAAAAGCGAGGCCGACGAGGAAUCUGAAGAAGACUCCGAGACCACAUCUUGUUCUCCACCACCCCAAAGACCCCACCUCCAUCAAACGGGGAUGAACAGCAUGUUUAAAUCUCUGGCAACCGUCUUGGAGAGUCAGAAGUACGCUUAUCGAGGUGGGCCUUUUGGAAGACCCCCUCCGUCAGCUUUGGUUGGUGUCAAAUAUUCCUCGUCGUUGUCACUGGGCCCCGAUAUCUACCGCCAGCAGCAAGGCAGUUCUCCCACAUCAGAUUCAACAAGUCCACCGUUCAGCCCUGCUAUCCCACCUCAGAAGUCCUCCCCUUGUUCACUACUGGAAGACAAGAAGCUGAAAACGGAGGACAGUGAUGUUUGGACAGAUGAGGGAGAAACAGAGGAAAGAAACGUUAUUGAAAAGUUGAAUAUGCCAACCGUAAAGCCUAUUAAGGUCAUCAAAGAGGAAUGCGAACUGACGACCAUCUCGGAGUCUUCUCUGAAAGAGCUGGGCAAAAGCUGUGAAGUCAUGCUUUGUCGACAGUCACUUGAUAAAUUAGAGAGCCAUGGCAAAACUGAAGAGGGACGCAAACCUGAGAAAGUAAAAGAGCACAAAGACAAGAAAAGAAAGCAUGACCACAGCAACAGGAAGCACAAGGACAAGAAAGACAAGAAAAAGCAUCGAGAGAAGAGAGAUGACUUUUCUUCGUCUUCGUCGUCCAGCCAUUCCAGCUCCAGCCACAAGCGGCACAAGGAUGGGAAGAGCCAUAGGGAGAAAAAGGAUCGCCGAAUUCUUGGCGAUCUCAAUCAUCAGAGACGAGAAUCGGAAAAGAACAGGAGUCACUAUGAAUCGGAGAAAAGGAAGCGAAAAGACGCGCCUGGUGCCAGCUCCACGAGUGAAGGCGAGCACGCUGAAUGGACCUCAAGUUCGGGAGAGAGAUCGUCUGAACAUAAGAACGAUGCCAAUCCUAGCUCGUCGUUGGGUUCCACAGACUUGUUGAAAUUAAAGGCGCUGUCGGACGGGCCACCGAAGGAGCUGAAGAUUCGCCUGAUCAAAGUAGAGAGCGGGGACCGGGAGACGUUCAUCGCCUCCGAGGUGGAGGAGAAAAGGAUUCCUCUGAAUGAAAUCAGCAUAAAGAACACCGCAAGUGAAAUAAUCCGGUCCUGCAAAGGGACUCGUGUCAAAGGAAAAUUUAAGGAAUCCUUUCUGCUGCCAGCCUUCUCUGUUAAACCCAUCAUAACCAGAGAACCCAUUCCUAGAGAGAAGCUCAAUCCUCCGACUCCCAGCAUCUACUUGGAGAGUAAGAGGGAUGCCUUCUCCCCCGUCCUGCUGCAGUUCUGCACAGACCCAAAGAAUCCGGUUACGGUUAUUAGAGGACUGGCUGGAUCGCUUCGACUCAGUUUGGGGCACUUUUCCACAAAGUCGCUUGUUGAAGCGAAUGCAGAGCAGGCGGUGGAGGUGAGGACUCAGGUGCAGCAGCCGGCUGAUGAGAACUGGAACGCCAGUGGUACCGGUCAGACGUGGCCCUGCGAAAGCAGCCGCUCGUACACCACCAUUGCCAAGUACGCCCAAUAUCAGGCCUCCAGCUUCCAGGAGAGUCUGCAGGAGGAGAAAGGUAGCGAUGACGAGGAUGAGGAUGAAAAGAAGCCACUCAUCAACGCUGAUACUAACAAGGACGGCUCUAAAGAAAGUACCAAUGGUGAGCAGAAAAGUGUUGGGAAGAUCAUCAAAUUUGGCACCAACAUCGACCUCUCCGACCCCAAGAGGUGGAAACCCCAACUCCAGGAGCUGCAGAAGCUCCCAGCUUUUAUGCGUGUAUCGUCCAGUGGAAACAUGUUGAGCCAUGUUGGACACACGAUCCUGGGCAUGAACAGUGUUCAGCUCUACAUGAAGGUCCCAGGGAGCAGAACACCAGGUCACCAGGAAAAUAAUAACUUUUGCUCAGUAAACAUCAACAUUGGCCCUGGAGAUUGUGAGUGGUUCUGUGUGCAUGAGAACUACUGGGGGGCGAUCAGUGACUUCUGUGAAAAGCAUGGUGUGGACUACUUGACAGGGUCCUGGUGGCCUGUGUUGGAGGAUCUGUACAGCGCCAACAUCCCAGUGUAUCGCUUCAUUCAGCGGCCAGGAGAUCUGGUGUGGAUCAACGCUGGUACCGUUCACUGGGUCCAGGCUGUGGGAUGGUGCAACAACAUCGCCUGGAAUGUUGGGCCUCUCAAUGGUUAUCAGUAUCAGCUGGCCCUGGAGAGGUUUGAGUGGAACGAAGUAAAGAAAGUAAAGUCCAUCGUUCCGAUGAUCCACGUGUCUUGGAAUGUGGCCCGCACUCUCAAGAUCACUGACCCAGACACCUACAAAAUGAUCAAACACUGCCUGCUGCAGUCUAUGAAGCACAUCCAGAUCCUGCGAGACCAACUGGUGGCUGAAGGCAAAAAGAUCUCCUAUCAGAGUCGGGUCAAAGAUGAGCCUGCUUACUACUGCAACGAGUGCGACCUGGAAGUGUUCAACUUGCUGUUUGUGACGUGCGAGAACAGCAGCAGGAAGACGUACGUGGUCCACUGCGAGGACUGCGCCCGACGGCGCAGCCCCAACCUGACCAACGUCGUGGUGCUGGAGCAGUACCGCAUAGAGGAGCUGAUGAACGCGUACGACUCCUUCAGCCUGGCUUCCUCCUCUCGGUGACAGAGCGUCUCCUCAGCCAUAACCAAAACUCCUGCAUGCCGGGGAGAAGGAAAAAAGUUUGACUCAACAUUUUCUUCAUCUACCAUCAUUUUUUUUGCUACUGCUCCGACUUGUUGAAAAUCCAGCUGAACAUGUUUACUCUUUGUUACUGUUUACAAGAAAAGCAACACCAAGCCGCCAAUAAAAAUACCAGUUUACUCUCAGAUGGUGCUUUCAAGCAGAACCCCUGGAAACGGGUCAGCUGGUGCUGCCAUUGAACAAACUGUGGAGAAUUGAUGGCGUCUUCUUUUUUGUCUUGAAUACUGAAACGUAUACAUGCUGUUUGAAAGUUUUCGUGAGGUGCUGUUAUUUUCCUUUUUUUACAUAAUUUAUUGUUUUUGUUUUCUAAACUAGAUCAGCCUAGAUAUAUACCACAUUGGCCUUGUAUUUAGAAAAGAGAAAAAGAAAAAUACUAAUAAUAGAGAUAUGAACAUUUUUCUAAAGCAUUAAGUAUUUUAAAAAAAUACACUUGUUUGGAAUGCGUCAAAAGAUACGGGUUUUAGCAGCUUUUUU